AUGAGGCUCAACAGCGGCAGCUUCUCACGGGUGAAUCUGGUGCGGGAGCGUCUCAGCGGUGCACUGCGCGUGUGCAAGGUCAUUGACAUCAAGGAGAUGGACCCACAUGUGCUGGGCAUGAUGAGGAAGGAAGUUCAAGUUCUGUCGGCGCUUGAUCACCCGAACAUUGUGCGGCUCUACGAAUUUGCUGAGGAUGAAAAGACCCACGAGUUGGUCUUGAUUCUGGAGUAUGUCCCAGGUGGAGAUUGUAUUGACCUUCUUGAGGAGCAUGAGCGGUUGCUUCCGGAACGCCUGGUGGCGAGGAUCAUCCAUCAGCUCUUGGUGGUUUUGAACUACUGCCACAAGAGUGGAAUCACGCACCGGGAUGUGAAGCCAGAGAACGUGAUGUUGACCUCCUUAUCCAACGACGCUUUUUGCAAGGUCAUUGACUUUGGCUUAGCAACGCCCUACAAGGGCAGAGUGAAGGAGUUUGCCGGAACAGUCUCGUAUUUGGCCCCAGAGCUGGCAAUUGCGCAGUCCGGCUUCUCCAUGGCUGCAGACAUUUGGGCGGUGGGUGUCACUGCAUUCGAGCUGCUGGCAGGCAUCACUCCCUUUGGAAAGACUCAGGAGUUCGGGAACUCGGUUGAGCCGAUCUUGGAGAAGCUUUGCGAAUACGAAAGCUUCGACGAGGAUCUCUACCAGGUCUUCCGCAUGUCGCCUGGGCAUCAGCGCAUGUGGCGCAGUUCUGAGGCUUGGGACUUCUUGCGCACGGUGUUGGCAGCUGACCCGGAGGAUCGACCUACUGCCCAGAAGGCGCUGCAGCACCCCUGGCUGGUGCGACAUCAGCCCGAUGCGGUACCAAUUGCUCAGGAGAUGCUGAAAAGCUUUGAUGGUUUCUCUGAGGCGACAAAGAUGCACAGAAGUUGCCUCUAUGCCAUUGCUGCCAAGGGCAAUUUUGCUGAGUUGGACAUGGCUAUGGUGGGUCAUGCCUUCGCACAGGCGGACAGCGACAAUGACGGAAAGAUCUCCUUGGAGGACUUGCAAACUGCCAGCAAGGCAAACAGCUGGUGGUCGUGGAGCAGGAGACUGCAGGCUGCAAUGGAGACUUUUCUGCAAGCAGCAGAUCAGGACCGCAAAGGUUACCUUGGCUACACGGAUUUCGUGGCCGCCUGCCUCUUCCAGAUCCACCACACCUUCGAUGCCGGCCUGGUGGAUGACACUUUUGACGUCUUGGAUCACGACAGGAAUGGACUCUUGAAGGCGGAAGACGUCAAACCGGCCUUCCCGCGGUACCCACCUGGACUUCCCAAAUACUGCUCUUUCGGGCGGGAGGAGUGGCAUCACUGUGUCUUCCGCGAGGCAGACGAUGAGAUAGCAAGGACGCGUGGCAGGGCACACUGCGGAAAGUGUUUUUGA